CUUGUUCCACUUCUCAGUGAGCGGAUGGAUAUGCGGCCGAUCGUGCUGCUGUCCCGAGCCUAGGUGUGGACGGACUCUGGUGAAUAAAGCCCAAGGAGGACUCGUUAAAAGUCGAAAAAGACGGCUUUGACCGUCUCCAAUUGUUAGGCCUCGCGUCAAUCUCGACAUCUGGAAACCCUAAUUAGUGUAGACAGGGAGUCGGUAAGAGAGGUGGAAACCAGACGCCGCCAGAGCGGACGCCGCUCGCGCAGGGCCCGCGAUGGAUCAGCGGUUCGGGUUUUCGCCGGCGGAAGUGGCGAAAGUGAAGACGGUUCAGUUCGGCGUCCUCAGCCCGGAUGAAAUCCGUCGCAUGUCCGUCGUGCAGAUCGACACGAGCGACCUGUACGACCGCGGGAAGCCACGCGAGGGCGGGCUGAGCGACCCGCGCCUGGGCACCAUCGACCGCAGCGUGAAGUGCCUGACGUGCCAGGGCGGCAUGGCGGAGUGCCCGGGGCACUUCGGCCACCUGGAGCUCGUGCGCCCCAUGUUCCACAUCGGGUUCAUCAAGACCGUCCUCACUCUCCUCCGCUCCGUCUGCCACAACUGCUCGCGGAUUCUCGCAGACCCGAACGACUACCGCUACAAGAUGGCUCUGCGCGUGCGCAACCCCAAGCAGCGCCUGCGCCGCAUGUACGAGUGCUGCCGCACACGCUCCGUCUGCGCCGCCGACACACCCCCAGAGGGCACGGAGGACGGCGCCGACCCUACCAACCCGGACGGGGAGGACUUUGACGACCCUGAGCGGAAGGUUCGGCGUGGCGGGUGCGGGGCUACCCAGCCUAAAUACACCAUCGAUGGGAUGAAGAUUAUGGCGGAAUUCAAAGCGCCGAAGAGGGGGCGGAACGACAUGGAGGAGGAGGAGCAGAUCGAACCCACGGAGCGGAAGCAGCAGAUGUGGCCCGACCGGGUGCUCAGCAUUCUUAAGAGGAUUUCGGACGAGGACUGCGAGCUCCUGGGGCUGAACCCCAAGUAUGGCCGCCCAGACUCGUUCAUCCUGCAGGUGCUGCCAGUGCCGCCGCCGCCCGUGCGGCCGUCCGUCAUGAUGAGCAGCUCGGCGCGUAGUGAGGACGACCUGACGUACCAGCUGGUCAUGAUCAUCCGGCAGAACGAGUACGUGAAGAAACAAGAAGCCAAUGGCAUGGCGGCCCAUGUGAUCAACGACCAGCUGCAGAUCCUCCAGUUCUACAUCGCCACCUACUUUGAUAAUGAUUUGCCCGGCCAGCCCAGGGCCACGCAGCGGUCGGGGCGGCCGAUCAAGUCGAUCUGCGCGCGGCUGAAGGCGAAGGAGGGGCGGAUCAGGGGGAACCUGAUGGGGAAGCGGGUGGACUUCUCGGCGCGCACUGUGAUCACGCCGGACCCCAAUAUCAACAUUGACGAGCUGGGCGUGCCCUGGAGCAUUGCGCUCAACCUGACCUACCCGGAGACCGUCACACCCUACAACAUUGACAAGCUGAGGGAACUGGUGGAGAACGGCCCCCACCCCCCGCCGGGCAAGACGGGCGCCAAGUACAUCAUCAGAGAGGACGGGCAGCGCCUGGACCUGCGGUACCUUAAGAAAACCAGCGAUCGGCAUCUAGAGCUGGGGUACAAGGUGGAGCGGCACCUGGUGGAAGGAGACUACGUGCUGUUCAACCGGCAGCCGUCCCUGCACAAGAUGUCGAUCAUGGGGCACCGCAUCCGCAUCUUCCCCUGGUCCACCUUCCGCCUCAACCUCUCCGUCACCUCGCCCUACAACGCUGAUUUCGACGGCGACGAGAUGAACAUGCACGUCUGCCAGAGCUUCGCCACCAGGGCUGAGACGUCCGAGCUCAUGCUCGUGCCCAAGUGCGUGGUGUCGCCGCAGAGUAACCGGCCGGUGAUGGGUAUCGUGCAGGACACGCUGCUGGGGUGCCGCAAGAUCACCAAGAGAGACACGUUCAUUGAAAAGGACGUGUUUAUGAACAUCCUGAUGUGGUGGGAGGACUUUGACGGCAAGCUGCCGAUGCCGACCAUCCUGAAGCCGCGCCCCAUCUGGACGGGCAAGCAGGUCUUCUCGCUCUUCAUCCCCCGCGCCAUCAACCUCAUCCGCUUCUCCGCCUGGCACCCUGACGGCGAGACGGGCGACAUGUCCCCGGGGGACACGGUGGUGCGGGUGGAGCAGGGGGAGGUGCUAUGUGGGAUCCUCUGCAAGAAGAGCAUGGGGAGCGCGGCUGGUGGGCUGGUGCACACCAUCUGGGAAGAAGUGGGGCCAGACGCGGCGCGCAAGUUCCUGGGGCACACGCAGUGGCUGGUGAACUACUGGCUGCUGCAGCAGGGCUUCAGCAUCGGCAUCGGCGACACCAUUGCCGACGCGUCCACCAUGGAGACGAUCAACGAGACCAUCGCCAAGGCCAAGGACGAGGUCAAGGAGCUGAUCCGCAAGUGGCAGGACCGCGAGCUCGAGCAGCAGCCGGGGCGCACGCUCCGAGAAUCGUUCGAGAACAGGGUGAACCAGGUGCUGAACAAGGCUCGAGAUGACGCAGGGAGAGCAGCGCAGAGCAGCCUGUCGGAGAUGAACAACGUGAAGGCGAUGGUGACGGCGGGCAGCAAGGGCUCCUUCAUCAACAUCUCGCAGAUGAUUGCCUGUGUGGGGCAGCAGAACGUGGAGGGCAAGCGCAUCCCCUACGGCUUUGUCGACCGCACUCUACCGCACUUCACCAAGGACGACUACGGCCCCGAGUCCCGCGGCUUUGUGGAAAACUCCUACCUCCGGGGGCUCACCCCGCAGGAGUUCUUCUUCCACGCUAUGGGUGGGCGCGAGGGGCUGAUAGACACUGCUGUCAAGACGUCCGAGACGGGGUACAUUCAGCGGCGGUUAGUGAAGGCCAUGGAGGAUCUUAUGGUGAAGUAUGAUGGCACUGUGCGGAACUCCCAAGGGGAUGUUAUCCAGUUUCUCUAUGGCGAGGAUGGGAUGGACGCCGUGUGGAUCGAGAGCCAGAAGCUAGACUCCAUGAAGAUGGACAAGAAGAAGCUUCUGAGAACCUACGCGUACGAGGUGGACGAGCAGGGGGACGCGUGGGACCCCACGGACUACAUGCCAGCCGCAGCAGCGGAGGAGAUCCGCUCCAUCGAGGCUUUAAGAUUUGUGCUGCGCGCCGAAAUGCUCCAGCUGGAGCGGGACCGUCGGGUGCUGGGGCGUGACAUCGCCCCGUCAGGGGAUGCCACGUGGCCCAUGCCGGUGAAUUUAAAGCGGCUGGUGUGGAACGCGCAGAAGAUGUUCCGCAUCGACACGCAGAAGCCGUCGGAUCUGUCGCCGCUGGACGUGAUCGACGCUGUGGACAAGCUGCAGCAGCGGCUGAUGGUGGUGGUGGGAGACGACCCGCUCUCCCGUGAGGCGCAGGAGAACGCCACGCUGUUCUUCAAGAUCCUCCUGCGCUCCACCCUCGCCAGCAAAAGGGUGCUCCAGGAGUUCCGCCUCAGCAGGGAGGCGUUUGACUGGGUGGUGGGCGAGGUGGAGUACCGCUUUCUGCAGUCCCAGGCCGUGGCUGGCGAGAUGAUCGGGUGCGUGGCGGCGCAGAGCAUUGGGGAGCCGGCGACGCAGAUGACGCUCAACACGUUCCAUUUCGCGGGUGUGAGUGCGAAGAACGUGACGCUGGGCGUGCCGCGGCUGCGGGAGAUCAUCAACGUGGCCAAGAAGAACAAGACGCCCGCGCUCACCGUGUACCUGGGGCCGCACGUCGACCAGAAUGACAGGGAUGGCGCCAAGGAAGCUGCCAAGAACGUGCAGGUGGAACUCGAGUACACCACCCUCAGGAGUGUGACGGAAGCCACGGAGAUCUGGUACGACCCCGACCCCAUGAGCACCGUGAUAGAGGAGGACAUGGAGACGGUGCAGUCCUACUUUGAGAUGCCCGACGAGGGGCUGGACCUCGACAAGAUGUCGCCGUGGCUGCUGCGCAUCGAGCUCAACCGCGAGAUGAUGGUCGACAAGAAGCUCACCAUGGAGGCCAUCGGGGAGAAGAUCUCCUCCGAGUUUGAUAAGGAUCUCACGUGCAUCUUCUCGGAUGACAACGCGCCGAAGCUCAUUCUGCGCAUCAGGAUUUUGAACGAGGAGGCGGCGAAGGGGGGCGUGGGGAGCGGGGCGGAGGGGGAGGAGCUGAGCGCGGACGACGAUGUGUUUCUGAAGCAGGUGGAGGGGAACAUCUUAACGGAGAUGUCUCUAAGGGGGAUAGAGGCCAUCAAGAAGGUGUUCAUCCGCGAGGUGAAGCAGCAGCGGUACGACGAGGAGCGGGGCUUCGCGACGCACUCGGAGUGGAUCCUCGACACGGAAGGCGUGAACAUGCUGGAGGUGAUGGCGCAUGAGGCGGUGGACGCCACUCGCAUCCGCAGCAACUACCUCAUGGAGGUGUUCGAGGUACUGGGGAUCGAGGCCGUGCGGAACACGCUGCUGAAGGAGCUGCGGGAUGUGAUCUCCUUCGACGGGUCGUACGUGAAUUACCGGCACCUGGCCAUUCUGUGUGAUGUGAUGAGCUACCGCGGGCAUCUGAUGUCGAUCACACGGCAUGGAAUCAACCGCAACGACACGGGCCCCAUGAUGCGCUGCUCCUUUGAGGAGACCGUCGAUAUUCUCCUGGACGCCGCCAUGUAUUCCGAGGCCGACCGCCUCAAGGGCGUGUCGGAAAAUAUCAUGCUCGGGCAGCUCUGCCCGCUGGGAACGGGCAGCUUUGACCUUUACAUGAACGAGGCCAUGCUGAAGCAUGCGAUAGAGCUGCAGCUAGAUGCCGCGGCCGGGAUGGGCGGCAUGGGGGCGACGUCGUUCGGCAUGACUCCGGCCCGCUCCCCCGGACCUAACGCCACGCCCUACCACGAGAUGGCAAUGUCUCCGAGCUACCUGCUGAGCCCGAACUUCCGAGCGUCGCCCGGAGCUUCGGAUGCGCAGUUCUCGCCGUACGUGGGAGGCUUAGCGUUCUCCCCUGGGCGAUCGCCCAACUACAGUCCCACCUCCCCCAGCUACAGCCCGCAGUCUCCCGGCUACAGCCCCACCUCCCCUGCCUAUUCCCCGGCCAGCCCUUCCUAUACCCCUGAUUCCCUCACCUAUUCGCCUACCAGCCCUAACUACAGUCCCACCUCCCCCAGUUACUCCCCCACCUCCCCCAGCUACAGCCCCACUUCCCCUGCCUAUUCCCCCACCUCCCCCAGCUACAGCCCUACCAGCCCGAGCUACAGCCCAGCCUCCCCUGCCUACUCCCCCUCGAAUUACAGUCCCACCUCCCCCAGCUACAGCCCCACCAGCCCAAGCUACUCGCCCACCAGCCCAGGCUACAGCCCCACCUCCCCCAGCUACUCCCCCACGUCCCCCAGCUACAGCCCCACCUCUCCAAGCUACAGCCCUGCUUCUCCCAACUACUCCCCCUCGUCUGGCUACUCCCCCACCAGCCCCAGCUACAGUCCCACCUCUCCCAGUUACAGCCCCACCUCCCCGGGCUACAGCCCUACCUCCCCCAGCUACAGCCCGACCAGUCCUGCGUAUUCGCCCUCUUCCCCGCGCUACAGCCCCUCCUACAGCCCCACGUCGCCCGGCUACUCCCCCACCAGCCCCAGCUACAGUCCAACCUCCCCCUCCUAUUCCCCCACCUCCCCAUCCUACUCGCCCUCAGCCCCUUCCUACUCCCCCGCAGCCCCCACCUACUCUCCCUCCCCCGCAUACUCCCCAACCUCCCCCUCCUACUCGCCCACUUCCCCCUCCUAUUCUCCCACCUCCCCUUCCUACUCGCCCACCUCUCCCUCCUACUCUCCUGCGACCGCCACUCCCUCUGCUGCCACCCCGGCCUCCGGAGCUCCUUCCGCGGCUCCUAACUACUCUCCCACCAGUCCGGCCUACACACCUAGUGGCUCCACCUACAGCCCCACCUCCCCUCAGUUCACUCCCACCAGUGCCACGCCCUCCAGUGCCCCCCAGACAUCGCCAGGGGCAGCCAGCAACGCCACCACCCCCAAGGACGAGAGCUAGAGCACGAUGCAGGGGGGGGUCUGUUUGUUUUCGAGAAUCGGUUGAAAGGAGGGAGCUGCCAAGUGCUGUGCAACCCUUCCUAGGAGGGGAGCUGGAGCGGAGUGCGGGAAGUCUGCCUUCGAGAGCAUUUUGGAGAGCGAUCUGCUGAAAUGGCAGUGAGCUCAAUGCCAGUUCCAAGGCAAGAGGAGGGGAGAUGUGGGGAGGUCUGCUUGAGGAAAUGCCGAGGAGAGGGAAGGGCUUGAGGUGCGGCUGGAGAGAGAGAAAUGCGUGCGAAGGGCUUGAGGUGUGGCUGGACCGGAGUGGUUGGUUUUAGCAAUUAUGGAGGCACAUUAAAAGCGUGUCAAUUGCUGGCUCUGGUUUCAUGAUAAAACAAGCAAGCAUCGUGCACCUACCGUGAUCCACGGUAUAUAACACCCGUCGGAAUAGUCACUCCAUGGGUGGUUAAUACGGGGGGGAGCUUAUGAUAUGGUGCAUUUUUUAGAGUGCCCGCAUUUCAGGUGACGAAUUAUACAAACGGUAGAGUCCACAUCGCUGCUCUCUGUACUGUAGUGUCAGCCGCUUCAGCUGCAGUUGCAGCUGCUGCUGGAGUUGUCGAUGCUGAUGCUGCAGCUGCUGCAGCGUUAAGUCGGGCCUCUGCCAUUGCAAAGGAUUUUGCCAUGUCAACCGCGCCAAGUCUCAUUGGUGCAUGCUGCGGCAGGUCGACGUCGACUCGACAGCGACGUCACACUCAUCCUCUCAGAGCUCGUCGGCGGUCCGCUCUACGAACUCGGCUUCGAAGAGGGGGUUCGUCUUCUCGCCGGUCGUCUCUGUUGAGACCAGUGUCUAUUUUUCACGAGUAAAUUACUCUGAUUCUCUGAAAAUCAGAGUUGAUUUUGCAUACCACCCUUUCGCCUCUGGGUAAAUUUUUGAAAUUAUAAGUUUUCUCUUACCGUAAUC